CGGGCCCCUCCCCGCCCCGAAAGGCCCGAGGGAGGGGCCAGGGCGCCGAGGGUGCAGCGCCGAGCACCGCGAGCGGCGGCGGGAGGGGCGCGGUAACGGGGCCUCUCGGCGGCCCUCAGCCCGUCCCCGCUCCGUCCGGCCGCCGAACCCAUCCCGGUGGCCCCAGGGGACCAUGAACGUGCUGGCCCCCGUCCGCAGGGACAGGGUCAUCGCCGACCUGCCGCAGUGUUUUCGGAAGGAGGCCGCCCUGCACGCCCGCCCCGCUUUCCACCCCAGCGUGGCCAGCGCCUGCCAGGAGCAGCGGACGGGCACCGUGGGGUUCAAGAUCUCCAAGAUCAUCGUGGUGGGGGACCUGUCGGUGGGGAAGACCUGCCUGAUCAACCGCUUCUGCAAGGACACCUUCGACAAGAACUACAAGGCGACCAUCGGGGUGGAUUUCGAGAUGGAGCGCUUCGAGGUGCUGGGGGUGCCCUUCAGCCUGCAGCUCUGGGACACAGCCGGCCAGGAGCGCUUCAAGUGCAUCGCCUCCACCUACUACCGGGGAGCGCAAGCCAUCGUCAUCGUCUUCGACGUUAACGACGUGGCGUCCCUGGAGCACACGCGGCAGUGGCUGGCUGACGCCCUGAAGGAGAACGACCCAUCCAACGUCAUCCUCUUCCUGGUGGGCUCCAAGAAGGACCUGAGCACGCCGGCGCAGUACAGCCUGAUGGAGAAGGAUGCUCUCAAGGUGGCCCAGGAGAUGCAGGCGGAGUUCUGGGCCGUGUCCUCGCUCACCGGGGAGAACGUGCGGGAUUUCUUCUUCCGCGUGGCGGCGCUGACCUUCGAGAGCAGCGUGCUGGCGGAGCUGGAGCGCGGCAGCGCCCGCAGGAUCGGCGACACCGUGCGCAUCAGCAGCAACGAGAGCGACCUGUACCAGUCGGCGCCCCGCAAGAAGCCCAAGUGCUGCCAGUGAGGGGGCAGCCCCGUGCCCCCCCGUAACGCCCGCGUCUCCGUACCAAAGAGCAGCGGCCCCGGCCGCCCCGAGGAGCCGUCCCUGCGGCCGGGGCUGGGCAGGGGAACCCGCGGCCCCCUUAGCUAUGCAAACCCACUCAGGGGGAGACGCCCCCAGCCUUCCGUUUGUUUUAAUAAAAUGUUUUUUUUUAUGCUUUUUAAAAAA